AUGGAGGUUCUAGAGAGGGAAGGCCACAGCGGCCCCCCGUUAGUAGACCAUCUGCCGAUUCCCGAAACGGAGGAGCUGCUGCUGCACCCGCCUCCCGACUUCCACGCGUCGCACGACGGCCCUUUCUCCCCGCAUUCGGUGCGCUCCCCGCGCUCCCCGCCACUGCAGCAGUACCCCUCCCCCCCCGCCAGGCGCGCGCGGGGGUCGCGCGGGCAUUAUAGCGAGAUUAGCGAGGAGGACUAUAGCGAGGAUGAGGACAACGAUGGGGAUAGCCUCCUGGAUCCGUCAGGAAAACGAGGGAAGCGUCGUCGACCGUUCGAUUUAGAUUUAGAUCGACCGUUGGGGCCUAGUUCGCUCCCUUACCCCUUCUCCCUCCUCUCCUCGUAUUCUUUUUCCUCACUGUCGUCUCUCUGCUCCGAUGCGAUUUGGUUCAGAUGGCCUGUAAUCGCAGCCGUUGCAGUAUUCAUCCUCGUUAUAAUCUUCCUCACUUCCCCUGCAGCAGUGUCCCCCACCACAACUACGCCCCCAUCGGACGGUUCAGAUUCACUCUAUCCGUCUGAUCUGGACGGCACAGGAACCGGGUCGCGAGAACCUAGAGGUUACCGACCUUUACCAGUCGACUCGUUUAAAGGCGUAGACGCGUCCACUCUAGAUCCGUCAACGUUACCGUCAGGCGGGCGGGGCGCGGGGGGAGGUGACUGGGGAACCGGCGCUGGCGGAAACUGGGGUGGCGGAAAACCGGGGGAAGACCCGCAGGAGGGGCUGUAUCCGGACGCGAAGCCGGGGCGCGGAGGGGGGAGAUGGGGAAAAACGGGCGCGGGGGCGGGCGCGGGCGGCGGGGGACAGCUGGGGGAAGAGGCGGCGGAAGUGGAAGAUUACAGGGACUCCGCGGGGGUGGGGCGGGAGGGGGAAGUGGUGGGGGAGGAUGGGAAGCGGAAGAGGAGCCGAUUGGAUGACGAGGUGGUGACGUGGCGCGGCGCGCCGUGGAGAUUCGACGUUGGUGAUUGGCUGAGCAGCUGCAAUGGGGAGUCGGGGGUGAUUAAGACCGUGGAGGUGGGUGUCGGAAGGGGGGACAAGGCGGGAGGAGCGGACUGCUCACACAUGGACGCGCAUCCCUGCUCCUCCCCACCCACUUCCUCCCCCGGAGUGGUGGCUGGGAGCGCGUGGGCGUGUGCGGGAGAGUGCGACCUGCACUCGGGCCUCUGCUUCUGCGGCGCUGGCUCGCUCUUCCCCCUCCGCCCUGUCCCUGACCCCUGUGGCUUCGCACAUGACCUGAAUCCCAUGCUGCUGCUGCAACACAUGCGUGCGCUGCCGCCUUCCCUUCCCGUGCUCCCCCUCAGAGCAGAAGCGGUGGACAGAACGCGGGGAGACACGGGAGGCCUUAUACGCCAAUACCACGCACUACCCCCGCUGGCGCAAGAAGCGCUUCCCUCCUCCCGCCCUCCAUCUCUCAACCCCCCGCCCACACCCUUCAGAGCAGGAGCGGUGGACAGAACCCAGAAGGACACGGAAGCUCUAUACGCCAACACCACGCACUACCCCGGCUGGUGCAACACACGUCCAGAGGCGGUGGGGGUGGGUAUGGGCGGCAGCAUGGCGAUGGGCGGGGCAGAGCCGCGGGCGCGGUGCACGUGUGACUACGACGGGGCUGUGGGGGCUUUCUGUCAUGUUCCUGUGGCGGCCUUCUGUGUCAACCAGUGCUCGGGGCAUGGCACGUGCAUAAGGGGGCACUGCCAGACAGAUAGGCGAGGUGCCUUGGGUGGUGGAAUGGUGGAUAGUUCUAGUGGCACGGGUGAUUAUGGCGAGUGGGAGGCGCCUGUUGUUGACCGUAGCCUGCGUGACUCUAACGAGGGCCGGUGGCUAAGGGGGAGGCAGGACGAGGAGGAGGGGGAGGGGGGGCCUGAAGAAGACGCGGAGGGAGGGGGGUACGAUGGUGCAGGGGGGGCAGCAGGGGGGGCAGGGGGCCGGAACGAGGUGGUGAAACGUCGGCCGUUGAUCUACAUCUACGAUCUACCGCCGCAGUUCAACAGCCACUUGCUGCAGGGGCGGCGCGGCAAGAAGGAGUGCGUGCCUCGGCUGUAUGACCGGCUCAACCGCACCGCCUUCCUGCCUGAUCAUAUCCAUGGCAUGGAGAUCGCCCUGCACGAGGCACUGUUGGCGAGCAAGCACCGCACGACCAACGCGGAGGAGGCGGAUUUCUUCUUUGUGCCCGUCUACGCCUCCUGCCUCUGGCUGCGCCUCACCAACGCUGGAGAUGCGUCCGGCAUCCAGCUCCUGCCGCACGUGCAGGGCAACUGGGCGUGGCACGUCGCAGAGAUGUAUGCUACAGUGCAUCGCCAUAUCGUGCAUGCAUACCCCCACUGGAACCGCAGCAGGGGCCGUGAUCACCUCUGGCCCAUGGGCACAGAUGAAGGGGCGUGUUUAGCCCCUCAAGCCAUCUGGCAUGGCACCAUGCUGACGAGUUGGGGCAACAGCAUGGCAGCUCACUCCCACUCAGUCAAGGCAGCGCCGCAGCAGCGGUGGGACGACAUACCCCUGACUCUGAGAGGCGGCCACCUGUGCUACUCCGCUGCCAAGGAUAUUGUGCUGCCAGCCUGGCUGCCGCCCAAUGUGAAGCACCUGCAUGAACAGUACUGGCUCAGCUUCGGCAUUCGGCAGGCCGUGGCCCAGCAGUUUGCCUUGGUGCCAAACAAGGAGGGACAGCUGGGGUCUCAGCAGGAGGAAGGGGUGGUAGUUACGAAUGAGCGGGGCAAGGGGCACAGCGCUCAGCUGGGCAACGCCAAAUUCUGCGGGGUCUUUCCGAGCAAUGGCUUCAAUGCAGACAUGGAAGAGGCGAUGAAGCAUGGGUGCAUCCCUGUCAUCAUUCAGGACGGCAUUCACCUACCAUUCGAGAACGCUCUGGACUAUGCUUCAUUCUCAGUGCGCAUAGAGGAGAGGGACAUUCCCAACAUGCUCACAAAGCUCAAGGCUAUCACUGCUGACCAUGGGAGUGCGCUGCAAGGUACAGUGCAGGUGGUGUGGCAGCGGUUGUCGUAUCACUCGGUGAUCGCACAGGAGGCCAAGAGGCAGCAGGACGAGUAUGGCCACAAUGAGGCAUGGGCUUUUGGCAUCAGCCUGCUAAAGGACGACGACGCCAUUGACACACUCAUUGAGGUGCUGCACUACAAGCUCCACAAUGACCGAUGGCGUAGAGUCUUCAAUUACAAGCAGUCCCGGGAUGAGCUGGAGAAAGGAGUCGUCAUGGCGAACGCAGCUCCGCUUAAUCCGUCCGCCGCGGCAAUGGCAGCAGCACAGGCUAUAGUAGCACUGCGAAAGGUCUCAAAAGCGGCCGCUAACGCCAACCUGAAAGUCCCAGAGAAUGCUGCAACUGAUGAAACUCGUGCCUGCGAGGUUGAGCUUAGCCACUUCCGUGGUAUGGACGACCGCGAGCUGAAUCUCACGCUACACGUCACGAGCCUGACCCGUGCGAUUACACGUGAACAGCUUCUUCAAUUAUUCUCCUUCUGUGGAACGGUCACAAGAUGUGACUAUCUCAACGACGACAGGUCCGUUGCUCAUAUUCGCUAUUCGACCCCACAAGAAGCGAAGGUCGCCUUGGACAUGAACAACAUGGAGAUUGCAGAUGUGAAGUUGAAGGUUGAGCUGGCGAAAACCGCUCAAGAAAGGAUCCAGGCAGCUCUGACAGCCUCUGCCAACGCAAUUUCCAAUUUCCUCCCCGGACAUGAAGGUAGAGCCACUGCAGCGUUGCAAGAGAUCGUCGCAAAGCCAAUGUUGCAGUUUCAAGAAGCGCUUGCUAUGCAACAGAAUGCCUCUCGGAAGCCUUCGGGUGCAUGUCCCGCCUCAGCGGCAGCUGCUUUGGCAAUGCAGAGAGCUAAGGAGAUAAGCAAGAUUUUGACAUCCAAGGCCUCACUUGAUGACCCGUUACAAAAAAGCAGGUAUGAGAACGUCAACACAGAUGACAGGAAAAAGCCUGACUCUCAACCAAGACUUGGGCUCUCAUUCAGGGACCGUUCUGGUGGUUCUGAUUUUGGCACAUCACAAGGCAGAAGGAAAAGCUGUGGCCGUUCUGAGAAUUUCUUUGCGCAGGACUCAAGGAAAGCCUCGUACAUUGGUUCAAAACGCAGGCACGACAAGGCAGAUAGCUAUGAUUGCAAGCACGAGGGCAAGAGGAGAACAUUUCUUCAAAGCAAACCAAGCUCCCCUGAGAGCAGCCAAGACAGAUGGCAAAUGGUGCAGGGGAGGACCCUCCACACACAUGCUUUUGGUGCAGAAGAAUAA